CAUUUUGAGCCCCACGGUGGAAACCCACAUACUGUCAUACAAAUCUUAACCCUAUUUUCUCCGAGGAAGAACGUCGAAGGCAACAGCCGGAGUCCGGAGUGGCAUAGCUUCUCCUCCCUUCCUCCCUCGGCAUCUCACUUGUUCACGCGGAACUCAUCUGUGGCAGAGCAGUGCGUUCUUUAUAGACCUUUUCAAUGCCUCGAUACUACUGUGACUACUGCGACACUUACCUGACGCACGAUUCUCCUUCUGUUAGAAAGCAACACAAUGCUGGCUACAAGCACAAGGCAAAUGUGCGUUCUUACUACCAACAAUUUGAGGAGCAACAGACUCAAAGCUUAAUAGAUCAAAGAAUUAAGGAGCAUCUUGGCCAGGCUGCAGCUUUCCAACAACAAGUUGGUGCAAGCUUUAAUCAACACCUUAUGUCGCUCCAAGCUAACCCUCAAAGACCUCGUCUUCCUCUUCUUCCACCCCCAGUUUUGCCAAUGGGAGCUCCUCAAGCGCUAAUGUCCCCACCACUUGUUCCGGGACUUAGACCUCCAGUUAUUCCAAGGCCGAUUGCAGGGUAUCCAGGUGCUCCAGCCAUCCCACCAUCUAUGGCACCUCCUGGUGCAGUUUCAAUGCAGGUGCCAAUGACCAAUCUCCCUAGGCCACCAAUUUUUACCCCACCAGCAUCUGGAGUUGCAACUGCUCCAUCUACAAAUGGCGCUCCAACAAUUUAUCAAACAGAUCCAACUGUGAGCUUGAGCGCCGCACCUGCCUCUGCCCCACAAGAUGGUUUUCCAUAUGCUCAGCCUUCCGAGACCAACCAUUAGUUGCACCCAUCAGCUCAAUUAGAUUGUACUUAUUCUACCGCCAUAUUUCUCUUUUUCCAGAACAUUUUGAAGCAUGGUUUAUUAGAAGUUUAAUAGGUGCUGCGCUAUGUUUAUUUGUCUCCGUUCUUUAUGUUCUGGCGAUAUAUGACUAUGUACAUGAAUGCUAUUUUCUUAUGCAUGUCCAACCUGCUGCCUCUUGUCCUAUCUCAGUAUUGCUUCCUUAAGAGGAUUUUGAAAUGAUUACUGAAUACUUAAGGAAAGCGUGCUUUACCCUGAGUGUC